CAGGGACGUCGCGUCUUCGAAAGCUUUCGUUUCUGAUCCGUCCGUUUCUGAGACUGACGAAAGACUACUGAAAGGAGCUUUAGAGACCUCCCUCUCCAAACACACACAAAAAAUCAAACCUCAUUUCCAUGGCGGAUCCCUAAAUUCAACAAUCCAAACAAAAAAAUGAACCGUUAACCGUUAAAUCUUUAUUAUUUUCCUUUUUUUUGAAAAUUUCUAUUUUCAUUUUUCAUUUUUGUAAAUCCAACCACUGCAUUUCGUUAUAUAUAUAAAUAGCAAAAAAAAAAAAUUCAAAUUCCAUGUCAGCUCUGCCUGCUUCAGUUUCUUCUUCUUCCUCUUGGAUCCCUGAAGACGAUCUCUUAUUAAAGAACGCCAUUGAGUCCGGUGCUUCAUUGGAAGCACUAGCAAAAGGUGCGGUUCGAUUUUCACGAAAGUUUACUGUUAAAGAAUUGCAAGAUCGAUGGCGUGCUUUGCUUUAUGAUCCUGUUAUUUCCGAUCAAGCGGCGGCUCGUAUGAUUGAGGUUGAAUUAUCUGCUUCUAAUUUAUAUUCUAAAUCAAGUAAAUGUGAUAACUCUGUUGAAAAUGGAAGUGCUAAAAGAAAAUUCGAAAGCGUUAGAAGAUCGUAUUAUGCUAUGAGGAAGAGGGCCUGUAAUUACCAUGUGACGAACUCGAGUGGUGUUAGUUUUCUUGGAUCACCAAAUGGCAAUCAUUGCAUGCAAAAUAGAGGUGGCUAUGAUGAGCUCGUAGAACCUCGAGAAGAUUGUGUUCAAAACCAAUUUGGAUUCUGUGAUUUAGGGAUAGGUUGUGUAGAUAAACGAUCACAAGACAAUGACCUGAAAGUAACUUUGAAGGAGGAUUGCUUUAGUGAAAAAGUUGAGAACCUUGAACAGAAUAAUGUGUCUAGCGGGUCUCCUCAUGUCAUUUUCGAGGCUUCAGUUAAAUUUGGGCAUCCAUCUGGUGUUGAGGAAAUCAAGCCUUUCUCAGUGGGAUGUUCAUCGCCACAACCAGAUAUGCCGCUGUGGAAAACAAUGGAAGAUGUUCCAGCAGCUGUAAUGCCAGUAAAUGAUGGCCCUCUAGAUAAAGGCCAGGACGUAGAAGGUGAAAUUGUGCAUCCUGAAGAUGUGGAUGGUAAGAAAAUGUGUGCAUCUGGAAAUGAUAUUGUUCCUUCAGAUAUGAUGUUAAAAGAUGACUAUGAAAUUAAUAAUUCAGUUGUUAUCUCAGGUGGUGAUUUAGCUGAAACAGAUGCUUUAUUAAACUUUGAUGGUGAUGCUAUUGAUAAAUCUUGCUAUGAGAGUGUGAAUUCACUUUUGCUAAAUUCUCCUAAUGAUGUUCAUGAAGAUGAUACAUCAAAGACUAAAGAACAUGAGACAUUAGUUUCAGAUGUGUGUCCUGGUACUUUAGAAGCUGCAACUUAUUCUUCAAAGUUGGAUGAAGUUCCAGACCAACAGUCACAUUCUGGGCACACUGAACAGUUGUAUUCUGGGCAUCCGGAAAUCAAUGUGCCUUCAUCUGCAUCGGUGUCAAAUCCUCAUUCUCCCGAACUUAAUGAUGAAGGUUGCUGCAUGUUGAACAGUGAGGAUCCUGAAAUCCCUUGCAACGAUGAUGUUCUCUUAGCUAAAGCUUUUGCUCCACAAGAGUGUCAUAAAGUGGGCAGUGACCAGGCCUCAUCCUUUGCAAAUCAAAAUGAUAGUAAAGAAGAACUGAGCUUGAUGCAGACAGAAGAUAAUCUUGCUCAAUGUUUUACUGCUCCCAAGAUGGUAGGACUGGACGUUUUGUCGGAAUCUAGUCAAGCUGCCAAAUCUGAGUUCCAUGAUGGUCAAUGUCAUGUGAUUUCCAGACAGGCUCAGAAUUCCCUGGUUGACCCAUAUAGGUUCAAAACCUCCCACGCAUUUCCCAAUUCUGCUGCAAAUGGUGCAACAAAGGAAGAGCCAUCAGAUGAAUGCAAUACCAAAGAUAUUUCUACUUAUGCAGAAGCAAGUUCCAUUGUAGAUAGUGUUUUGGAACCUGAAGCAAACAAGACUACAUUUGAUCAGAUAGAAUACGAAAGUGAAGAUGAUGUUCCUAGCUUUUCUGAUCUUGAAGCCAUGAUACUUGAGAUGGAUUUAUGUCCAGAUGAAUCUGAUUCUUUCAUUAGGAGCGAAGUCUCAAGAUAUCAAGAUGAGCAUACAAGGAAGACACUCAUUAGGCUGGAACAGUGUGCUCGGUCCGCUAUGCAAAGAGCUACUGCAUCUCGAGGGGCACUUGCUGUUUUAUAUGGCCGUCAUAUGAAACAUUACAUUAAAGAAACUGAGGUUGUACUUGGCAGGGCAACCAUGGAUGUUGAUGUUGAUAUUGACUUAGGAAGAGAAGGGCGGGCUAACAAAAUAUCUAGACGACAGGCAAUUAUAAAAAUGGAGGGAGAUGGUUCCUUCUCUUUGAAGAAUCUGGGCAAGAGUUCGAUAUUCUUAAAUGGGAAGGAAGUUUCUACCGGACAGCUGAUGGGUCUUGUUUCAAGCAGUUUGAUUGAGAUUAGGGACAUGGCUUUUGUCUUUGAAAUAAACCAGAAUUCUGUGAAGCGACAUCUGGCAAAAAUCACCCCGAAGAAACAAGAAAAGAAAACUGCAUUCGACUUCCCGGAAGAGCCAAAGAAGGUAUUGCAUGAAUAAGUAGAGGAUCUAGAAACACCCUACCUUUUGUUUCUGCAAAUUCAAUUUGUAUAAUUCAGUUAGUCUUUAGGGCUUUACACCUUAAUGAUAGGAGCAGAGCAGAUAACAUAUGAUGUUGUACUGUUUUCAUACAACGGCCCGUAUGUAUAGACACUUGUUGACUUAAAUAUAUAAAAGUAGCAGUUCAUUUCUCAAUUAUAAAA